AUGUCCGCUAACACGGGUUCCAAUCGGGACGACCAGAACCCGAAGACGUCCUCAUUGUCCGGUCUCAUCUCAACACUCGCGCCAGUCGCCCUCGUCGCUGGUGUUUACCUCCUCAUCUUUCUCAUCCUGAGAAGGAGUCAGCGCCGGUGGUAUGCGCCUAGAACAUACAUUGGCAGUCUACGCGAAAGCCAACGGACGCCUCCCCUACCGAGUGGCUUUCUCAAUUGGGUUGGGAGUUUCUGGAAGAUACCCGAUAUCUGGGCCCUGCAGCACCAGUCUCUCGAUGCCUAUCUCUACCUUCGGUUCCUCCGCAUGGCGGUUAUUAUUUGCUUCGUAGGAUGCUGCAUCACCUGGCCGGUGCUCUUCCCAGUCAACAUCACUGGUGGUGGCGGUCAGAAGGAGCUCGACAUGCUCUCAUACGCUAACAUCAAGAGCUCGGGCUCGGGCAAGAACCGCUACUAUGCCCACGUCUUUGCAGCAUGGGCUUUCUACGGAUUCGUCAUGUAUCUGAUCUUCCGAGAAUGUAUCUACUACAUCAACCUGCGUCAGGCGUUCCUAAUCAGCCCCCUGUACGCUAACCGAAUCUCUUCGCGAACCGUCCUCUUUACAGCCGUUCCCGAGACCUAUCUGGACGAGAGGAAAUUGCGCAAGGUGUUUGGCGCUGCAGUCAAGCAUAUCUGGAUCGCGGGUGACGUCGAUGAUCUUGAUAAGCUUGUUAAAGAGAGAGAUAAGGCUGCUUUCAAGCUGGAGAAGUCUGAAAUCAAGCUCAUCAAACUUGCCAACAAGGAGCGUCUCAAGGCUCUCAAGAACGGCGCCACCGAAGACAAGGAAAACUCUCACACUCCCCUCGAUGCCGAAGAAGGUAGCGUUGCUGCUCGAUGGAUCUCUAAGAAGAAGCGUCCGACCCAUCGCACUGGUCCCCUCGGCCUCCUUGGCAAGAAAGUUGACUCCAUUACUUGGUGCCGCAGCGAAUUGCAACGUCUUAUUCCCACUGUUGAGACAGCUCAAGGCAACUACCGUGCUGGCGAUUACAAGAAAAUCCCUGCUGUCUUCAUCGAGUUUCGCACCCAAGCAGAGGCCGAAGUCGCUUUCCAAGUCCUUGCUCACCACGAGGGUCUGCACAUGUCUCCGCGCUACAUUGGUGUUGUCCCUGAUGACGUCAUUUGGAGCUCUCUAAAGAUCUCGUGGUGGCAGAAGGUCAUCCGGCGGUACGCAGUCGUUGCUUUCAUCACGGCUUUGAUCAUUUUCUGGGCUAUUCCUGUUGGUGUGGUUGGUGCUAUUAGCAAUGUCACCUAUCUCGAGUCCUACAGCUGGCUGUCAUGGCUCAAGAAGAUUCCAGAUAUCAUCAUGGGCGUUGUUACCGGGCUCCUGCCGUCAGUCGCUCUGUCUAUCUUGAUGUCUUUGGUUCCAGUCGUUAUGCGUUUGUGUGCAAAGCUCUCUGGAGAGCCGUCUUAUACGAGAGUUGAACUCUUCACGCAGAAUGCUUACUUUGCAUUCCAAGUCAUCCAGGUCUUCUUGGUUACGACCAUGACUUCUGCCGCUGCCGCCGUUGCCAAGCAGAUUGCUGAUAAGCCAACGGGCAUCACCUCGAUCCUGGCUGAGAAUUUGCCCAAGGCCUCCAAUGUCUACAUCUCGUAUUUCCUUGUUCAGGGUCUUACAAUUGCCGCCAGUGUUAUCUCGCAAGUUAUUGGCUUCGUUAUCUUCAACCUGGUCUAUAAGUAUCUCUCCGGCACACCCAGGGCGCUGUACAACAAAUGGGCGAACCUCAGUGCUAUCUCCUGGGGCAGUACUCUUCCCGUCUAUACCAACAUUGUGGUCAUCGCAAUCACAUACGCUGCUAUCGCACCGCUGAUGCUAGGGUUUGCUACAAUCGGCUUGUCUCUGUUUUACCUGGCAUGGCGAUACAACGUCUUCUUCGUCACGGACACGCAUAUCAAUACCCGGGGGUUGAUCUACCCGCGGGCUAUUAAGCACCUGUUCACUGGCAUCUACCUUUCGGAGCUUUGCCUGAUCGGCCUCUUUGGAUCAUCUGCGGCGCCAGGCCCAAUCGUCUUGAUGGUUGUCUUCCUUAUAUUCACCAUUCUCUUCCACAUAAGCAUGAACAGUGCCCUCAAUCCUCUUCUGUACAAUCUGCCACAAAGCUUGCUUGCUGAAGAGGAGUCUCGCGUCGCGGAUCUGGAGGCUACCGCCAGUGACGAAAUCGCUCCCAGUGUUGGAUCUACUGGCAAGAAUGGUGUGACGAACGGCAAGGGCAAGAACCCGAUCGCACCGUCAGGCGAGCCCAAGAAGGGUAACUUCAUCACGAAGUUCCUUAAGCCCUGGAUCUUCGCGGACUACUUUGCGUUGAGGAAGCUCAUUCCGCAGUACGAUAACAUCGAUCUGUCCAACCUGUAUGAUAAGGUUACCGAGGAGACCGCCUACUAUCCUCCUUCUGUCACAUCGACUCCGCCAUUGCUCUGGAUUCCGGAAGAUGAUGCUGGUGUGUCUAAGCAGGAGAUCAGGAACACAAGCAAGGUCAUUCCGAUCACUGACGAGGCCUGCCGUCUUAACGAGAAGAACAAGCUUGUCUGGGACCAAGAUGGCGCUCGCCCACCUCUGUGGGAGGAGAAGGUCAUCUACUAA